AUGCUUGCCAACCACCCCGAGCUUAAGAAGCAACAGUCUCAGUUAACCAAAAGACCCGUGUCCACUCAUACUAUUAAAAACAUGCCACAAACUCAAUUACAUACGCAGAUGCUUGCUAGGUAUCUCAAGCGUAAGAAGCAAUCGUCCAAGUUCAGCGAAGGCCCGGCCGUGUCUUUUGCACCUGGUACUGUGAGUCCCCGCAAUCGCGGUCGACAGCGAAAACUCAUCAAAGCACUGAACCAGCGGGACGGUGUGGGAUCGUUGGAUAGUGUGGGCGACAGUCACUUGAAAGUGGGGGGCCCUUGCAUGAGUUUAUUCAAGCCGAACAAGCUGUGGUAUCCAGGGAAGGUGGUGAGCAUGCGUGUGGUUGAUAUACUCAAUAUAGUCAUCUACGACGACGAUGACACCGCCUUGCACCGUGAUGUUCCAAUUCAGAAGCACAUGUGCCGGCCGCUGAAGCCUG